CUUUGAGGUAGUUUCCAAACAUACUUUGGACUGGAAGAGGUUCAGGUAUGAGGAAUACUUUUUGGACUCACCAGUUGACCAGCAUGGCAGCAUUGUUCUCGGACAUAAAAGGACAGUACACAGUGAUGAUGGCCCACUUCUACCUGAAGAGGAAGAUUGGAUAUUUUGUCAUCCAGACAUAUAUGCCCUGUUUCAUGACCGUAAUCCUAUCCCAGGUGUCAUUUUGGCUGAAUCGAGAAUCCGUUCCAGCGAGGACUGUCUUCGGGGUGACCACCGUGCUGACCAUGACCACCCUCAGCAUCAGUGCCAGGAACUCGCUCCCUAAAGUGGCCUAUGCUACAGCCAUGGAUUGGUUUAUUGCCGUCUGCUACGCGUUUGUCUUCUCCGCCCUCAUUGAGUUUGCCACAGUGAACUACUUCACCAAGCGGAGCUGGGCCUGGGACGGGAAGAAGGCUCUGGAGGCACAGCACCCAAAGAAACGAGACCCCAUGAUGCUGUCCAAGAAGCCCAACAACGUGUGCUCAGCAGGCGUGAACUACACUCCCAACCUCACCAAGGAUGUGUCCAUCUCCACAAUCUCCAACACCACGUCAGUUCAGCUCCGGGCCUCCGAGACCAAGAUGGUGGACCCAAAGAAGACCUACAACAGCGUCAGCAAGAUCGACAAGAUGUCACGGAUAGUGUUUCCUGUGCUCUUUGGAACCUUCAACCUGGUCUACUGGGCGACGUACCUGAACAGAGAACCGGUGGUGAAAGGAGCGGUCACCUCGACAUAAUCUUUGUUCCUGUUUUCUAGAGACAGAGUUUGUGAAGGGGGGGGGAGUUUUGAUCUGAGGGAGGUGGACUGAAAUGACAGGUGUUGAUGUGAGUUGUCAAAAAAAAAAUUAACAAACAAGCUUCUGGGCUUGAUUUCAGAAACAAACUAUACCCAGCUAACAAAUUCAAGCGCUUUAAACCAAUGCAAGUCUGCCACUAUGUCCCCUUCCUGAUUCUCAUGCCUACAAAGAAACUGCUCAACACGUCACCAAGAGAGUGAGCGCUUUGUUCCUCUUCAUCUGUCCUGCUGCAGUUUGCAUGAUGCUCUCCUUCAACAGAAACAAAGACUCCUCCUUGUCUUGAAUAUUGACUCUGCUGGCUCAACACACAGUAUGGCAGUGCGAUUCAUUGCUUCUACUUUAGGGAAGGUUUGAAAUCGACAUGAAAGGCAUUUUGAGACAUUGUGCCAGAAUUCAAGCGCUUUCAUAUUCUCAUCAUGGAGGCUUGAAACGCACUGAAGCUUAUGAGGAAAAAAAAAAAGAACGUGCAAUAAG